GCUGACAUGAAAGCUGCUGUGUUCACCUGCUGUCUCAUCUUGCUGCUUUGCAGCCCUGCGGCACCAAUGUGCUUGGCCACUGACUACACUUUGUAUGUGGAAAAGCCUGAGUGUGACUAUUGUGUGGCUAUCAACACCACCAUUUGCAUGGGAUAUUGCUAUUCCAGGGACAGCAAUGUCAGGAACUUAUUCGGCUCGCGCUUCCUGAUCCAGGCAGGCUGCACCUACGACAAGGUGGAGUACCGAACGACACAGCUGCCCGGAUGUCCUAGAGCAGCUAGUGCCGCUUUCACCUACCCGGUGGCCCUCAGCUGCCGCUGCGGAGCCUGCCAAACUGACACCAACGAAUGCACCCAUAGGGCAGGCAUGGGCAGCACUGCAUGCACCAAACCGGUUAGACACAUGUACCCGUACCCUCAGAACUACAUGCUCUUAUUCUGA